GCCCAUGCCAGAGGAAGGAAAAACAACGUCAGCCAUUGGACUUUGGCUGCAGCUACUGUAUCUACUGAAUGCAACAAAGUAACAUCAGCUUUACGGAUACAAACGUAUAGCAAAUAGCUACAUGGAACGUUCACCUGUAAACAGCGUUGAGGUAUCACCAGAGAGCAAUGGGGAUUCUGUCUCUCUGUGUCACAAUGAGGAAGAGAACAGGAAUCAACCAGCACAUGGUGGCCCUCAAGUCCAGCUGUGUCGUUUCUACUCACAGGGACGGCACUGUAACUUUGGGAGGAAGUGCCGCUUCCUCCAUCAAAGAGGAGAUUCCACCACCCUCACCCAGGGGACGGUAGAUAACUGGACAAAUCAAAGGUCACAACAGGAGAUCCAAAGAGGGACAGGCCCUCACAGCCACCCUGGAAUCACACCGCAGAAUCCAGUGGUUGACAGCCAUGGAGAUGUAGGCCACAGGCUGCCCUCCAAACCAAGGGCUGCUCCAACCAGAGUUGAGAGGGCCAACAAUCGCCGGCCCUGUCGCUAUUUUCUGUCUGGGUGCUGCACCAUGGAAGAUAGAUGUCACUACUGGCACCCACCACAGUUUCCCCUAGUUGAUGACCAGCCUGUAGGAGACGGAGGCAGGCCCAGGGUGCCCCAUGCCCCCCCUCCCAGUGCCCUUCAGGUUGUCAAACUGAGUGACCUGACUGACAAUAUCACCAAACAGCUACGGGACACUGAGAUCAAGCAGCUGAUAAAGCGUUUUCCUAAAGAACAGCUUAUUGUGCAGGAACGGAGUGACGGCCAAGUCACCUUCUACCGAGCCACAGUACAGCCCACUGAUCCAGACUGGCCUUUUGACUUGAAAGACGUUGACAUAAUGGUGAGCUUUCCGAAAAAGUACCCACAAGAGGUAUUUACAUUAGAUAUACCACUGGACCAGGACUUGCCAUCAGUUAUGGGAAGGUAUGUUGAACAAGCCUCACUGGAAUGGCUACAGGCUAAACAUGCCACCAAUCAGCUGAUGGGUAAGGUGGAGCUGCUCUUCCGGCCCUUCCUUCGAUGGUUGGAUCGCAGCAUGGAAAGACUGUUCACUGAGGGAGCCAGGCAGCUGAAAAAAGACAUGGAGAUAGCAAAGGCCGGAAUUCAGUUUGUGCCAUACCAGCAGCUCCAGGCAACCGUGUGCAAAGAGCCUGCCGCUGAUGACAUGCCUGACCCUGUCCUCCACACUGCAACUGAUGAGGAGAGCAGAGAAGGAGAAGAUGAGGAGUGGAAAAAACUAUUGUACCCUGGCUGUGAUAAUGAUGAUGAUGAUGAUGGUGGUGUUAGUGAUGAAGAGGACCAGGGGAAGGUGGAGAAUAUUAAGCUCAGUGAGCCCCGCAGAGGAACAGAGGUGAAGCUGCUGGGCCUGAGGCUGGGAGAGGGCACGGCAACCGUGGUCGCCACACAGGUCACUGUGUGUCUGCAGUGCAGCAGGUGUAAGGUGACAGCAGACCUGACUCUAAAUGGCAGGAACCCCUGCACGGCCCAGUGUGAGAAGUGUAACGCAGGGAUCAGUGCUGCUUUCAGACCCAGCAUUCUGCACCACUACAGUGACGUCCUGGGCUAUCUGGACCUGGGCACUGCUGCUCCUGUGGACCUGGUCUUGCAGGACUGUGAUUUCGUCAUUGUCUGCCUCAACUGCUCAAAAGAGGGACCUGUGAAGAACCUUUUGUAUGGCCAGAGCAAGGAGUUCAACUGUCAGCACUGUCACAGCAAACUCAGCAUCCUGGUUGACAGCACACGAUUCCAGUACAUUCCACCACGCAAAGAGAAAACCGGGCACAGUGACUCUUCACUGACCUAUCGGCGUAACAUAAGGGACCCUGCCAUACAGAUGGGGAAACCACUACCUGAGAAGGGAUCCUGCAAACACUACAAACAGAGUCAUCGCUGGCUCAGGUUCUCAUGCUGUGGCCGGGCCUACCCCUGUGAUGUGUGUCAUGACGAGGACCAGGACCACCCCAUGGAGCUGGCCACCAGGAUGAUCUGUGGUCACUGCUGUAAAGAGCAGCCGUACAGCAAUGGGAAGCCCUGUGUCAGCUGUGGAGGCAUGAUGACAAGAGGAGCCUACACCAGUCACUGGGAGGGAGGACUGGGCUGCAGGAGCAAAGUCAAAAUGAGCAGAAAUGAUAAACACAAGUAUGCCAACACAAACAAAACAAUUUCACGGAAAGCAGCCAGCGAAAAGAAAUAAUCAGAGACAACAUGUUAACGUUAUGGCAGUGGUUGAUCAGGCCUGCUCUGUGUGAUUUCCAGAGCAACCCUUCUAUCAAUGCCUUAUUGAUUUCUAAUAAAUCAACUAUUGUAAUGUUAUCCAGCUGAUGUGAUUGGUGAGAAGUGUUAACAUUGUUGUGUGGAUUGAGCCCCGGUCCUGGAGUAGCACUCAGCCUUGUUGCCCUGGUGGGAACAUGCAGCAGAACACUCUCCGGCACAGUACAAGUAACCCUGGUGCUUGUGUUCAUUGUAAUCACAGACACUCCCAUUAUGUUUCUUAUCUCUGUAACAGCCUCCCCAAGUGCCUUGUAAAAUCAAUGCAAUGCCCUACAUUUACAGUAGACUCUUUAGUGUUGCCACUUUUCCAAUUCUCUCACAACUUAACCCACUCAUCAUUUAAGGAUGAGUGCUAUCCCACUGGGCACAAUCGUCAGUUCAACGUUUAGUUUUGAUUUACAUUUGGUUGAGUUGUCAGCUAAUGCCGAUUCAAUGUAAAAUCAACAAAAAAUGUCACUGUGUAAUUGGAUUUAGGUUUGAAAAAAAUACAAAAUUCCCUUACGUUGACUUUUUGCAAAUCCGAUCAGUUUUCCACGUUGAUCUACGAGAUCGGUGUCCCUAAACCGGGACAGUUGUUGCUCAAUAUUCGAUAGUGUGACUAGAGUGACGUUGUAAACAACAGGGACAUAGACAUGUCUUCUGGCCAGAAAGCUUAAAUUCUUGUUAAUCUAACGGCAGUGUCAAAUUUACAGUAGCUAUUACGACAACAAAAAUACCAUGCUAUUGUUUGAGGAUAGUGCACAACAACAAAACAUCAUGUCAACUGGUUUGAUACAUUCACCUCUGAAGGUAAAUCAUGUACUUACAUUCAGUAAUCUUGCUCUGAUUUGUCAUCCUGAGGGAUCCAGAGAUAGUGUAGUUUUGUUUGAAAAAAUGUAUUCAAAUGUAGGAACUGGCUCCACCCCACACUGCUUCCAUCUUGUGGACAACAUCUCAAUUACACCUAAAAUCCUAUCUGAGUGUAUGGCCUUUCUCUUGCUUUUCAAAGAUGAUGGAACAAAAAAUAUUUUUGAAAACACGUGUUUUUUUUAUUUGUAUUAUCUUUUACCAGAUCUAAUGUGUUAUAUUCUCCUACAUUCAUUUCACAUUUCCACAAACAUCAAAGGGUUUCCUUUCAAAUUGUAUCAAAAUUAGCAUAUUCUUGCUACAGGCAGUUAGAUUUGGGCAUGUCAUUUUUGGCGAAAAUUGAAAAAAAGGAUUUGAACCUUUUUAAUGUCAUCACAUCAUUAUUUUUGUUGAAAUGAUGUGGAAACGAUUGAUUCAACCAGUUUUUACCCAGUGGGAUGCAAUGGUGUUCUGUUUCUCAGAACUGUGUUUUGUGUCUUUUAGGUGGGCAGGCUAGACAAAAUCUUGGUAGUUUAACCAUGGCAUCUGGAUAGAAUAGGUGUGACAGGUUUGCUCCCUUGACCAUAAUUAAGUAGCUCCACAAACAGAUUAUUAGGUAGGAUUACAUCAGGUUAUGCUAAAUAAUGAUUAAGUAAGAUUACAUACGAUUGGAAUCUAUGACUAAAUAAACUCACUAAUCUUAUAAAAUCAUUUAAGAGCACAUGGCCAAUGAACAGAUGGAAAAUAACAGAUUUCAUGGACUCAACUAAUGCUAUUGAGAAUCAAAAUGAUGAUUGACCAUUUUUAUAUGAAUAGGUCACCAUGGUGGUCUCGAAUUGAAAUACAAAUAUAUAAGAAGUGAAUGUUGUGGAUAUUAUCAAUUUAAUAAAUUCUACUAAUUAAGAUGCCUUGCAAUUGAGUUUUAACUUGAUAGGUAACAUGUAUAAUUAACUCAAGCAGGGACCAAAAGAUCUGUAUCUGGUACAAUAUGACUUACCAUUUUGAAUAAGCUGAUUAACUCACUGGCCUGUUGGGAUAAACUGCCCGUUGGAGGACAGUGUUGCAGGCACGAACUUGGAACUGGUCAGUGCCGAAAGGUUUGUGUGUGUUCCGGAAGAUUAACAAAAUCCACCAGAAAAGGACUUAUUGUUGAAAUUGUAUGUAACAAAAAAAUUACAAAAAAACAGCUGUCUCAUUGAUGUGAGAGCCAAGUCCUUAGCUCAGCACUAUAUAAAGGGAGAAUGUCUUCUCUCUGCACAUUACAGCCACAGGCAUCCAGAGUAACCAGGAUGUUGAACAUUAGCAAGGUUCAGCUGCCUUUGCAGCUUCCUACCUUCUCCAGAUCCUCCGAUAUGCUUCUUCAGCCUCUAUGGGACUAUUUCCUUUUCAACCACUACUUUCUCAUCUCCUCUCCCUUCUUCCCUGUCAUACUCUGCUUCUCCAGUUACUUCUUCUCCAGUCUCCCCUUUGCUGUACUAGACCUCCUGGGAGACAUGGUCCCCUCCAUUCACCACUACAAGAUCCAGCAAGAGAGACGUCCAACCAUGGGGAUGAUGGCAAAGAGCUUCGGAAGGGCUGUUUAUAACCACUUGAUCUUUGUUCUGCCUGCUGUGCUGACUCAGACCUGCUUUAUGCCUUCAGUGGCGCUGCCUUCCAGUGCUCCAACUGUGGUAGAGGUUCUCAUUGAUGGACUUGCUGCCCUUCUUCUUUUUGACACCCAGUACUAUAUGUGGCACUUUGUGCACCACAAGCAUCCACAACUGUAUCGGUGGGUCCAUGCCAUCCACCACGAAUACAUGGCACCCUUUUCCUGGAACACCCAGCAACUCAGCAUUCCAGAACUGAUAACCGUGGGAUUCUGGAGCAACCUGGACCCCAUCCUGCUGAAAUGCCACCCUUUUACUACCUGGUGCGUCACCAUCAUCAGUAUCUGGAUGUCAGUGGAGGACCACAUAGGCUAUGACCUGCCAUGGGGUCUCAACCACCUGGUACCAUUUGGUCUGUUAGGAGGAGCACCAGCUCAUGACAUGCACCACCAGAAGCCCAACAGUAACUAUGCACCUUUCUUCAGCCACUGGGACAGGCUAUUUGGCACUGCCAUCCUGCCAGGGAAAAUAACUGAGAAGAAAGUUAUGUAUUCACUGUAAAUAGGACCAUUCACUAUCAUUUUGAUUACCCUCAUGCUUACAUGUUAAUUAGAAUAAAUGUAUUUGUUUUUAUUAGUAAUUUACCGACA